UUGGCGAGUGACUCCACUGCUAGAGUUUGACAACUUAGUUACGGGAAGUUGGCUUGCUCAGUCUGGUAUCGUAAAAAGAUGCUAUCGGUUGUACUUUUUUAGUUUUCACUAUGAGGAUAAUUAUUUUGGCUUUCGUUUUAGUUUGUGUUGAAGUAUAUUCUCAAGAUCCUUCAUGCUGUCAUAAAAUUGGGAGUUACCCUUCCUGCCAAGGUGCAUGUGAUUUAAUGGCAAUUGAGUCUACCUCAGCAGGCAGGAGACAGCAUGUUGGCAAUAUGAAAAAUCGUUGCCCACCUGUGCUGACGCAGUUCUGGACAUGUGUCAAUAAGUCCGCCCCAGAUAUCUGGCAGGAAGACGUUGGUUGGUUUGGUAAAGUCUGUUGCAUCAAUGCCCAAUCAAGUCGUUGUCACACUGCUUGUAUGCAGGCAGAUGUUCAGGGGGACUUAUCAUCAUUUUGUAAUCAUGAAGAUGAGGGACCCUUGUAUCAAUGCAUCAACAGGCUUAGCUGGAAGAAAACAUGCUGUCAAAGGGCCUCUUCUGGUUCGAUUUGUUUGCUGAAAUGCGCAGCGGUGUUUGAUACUGUCUCUCCAACUGAACAAAUGGCUUUAGACGCUAAAAUGUACUGUGCUGAAGUCGAUGAAAAUAUUAGUACAUGUGUUAACAACUACACCAGAAUGACACAGUCGAAAAGGGAUCCAAAAGAGAGCCUUCAUUGCUGUGAGCGUUCACCAAGUAACCUGUGCCGCGAAACAUGUCGGCACGCUCUGAACAAUAUGACUAGUGAGGAAAAUAUUAUAGCAGCUUUGAUCAAGGAUUGUGAUAAACCACUUGUUGAAGAUGAAAUCUGGCAGUGUUUUCUUUUAGAUGCUGUUGACAAGCUACCAAAGAGUUCAGAAGAAGAAGAAACACUAAGUCAGUCCAACAUAGAUGGCGCCAAACUGUCUUGCUGUCAUAAAGCUGUUAGCCUAGUCUGCGUAGAUCUCUGUCUUAAGCUUCAUACCACAGAGAAUACUGACAGAUCGAGUUGGGACGAGUUUGAGACAAAGUGUAAAUACAGAUCUGCGGAAGAAACUGCAAUGCUCACAUGUUUAGACGAUGUUGAGGAGCCUUGUGAGCCUGGCUGUAGUGGAUUGGAAUUUUGCACCAAUUUCAAUGGAAGACCAACUGAGCUUUUUCGCAGUUGUAAUGCACAUGCGGACCGCAGCGCAAGAGAAGACAUGAACACCUGGAUGGAAGGUCUCAUUAAGAUGCCGCAUAUGUCCAUCUCUGUGCAGAAUAUCCGAGACUGCGAACCUGAAAAGUGGAAAGCGAUCGCAUGCUCAUUGCAAAUUAAACCGUGUCAUCCGAAGUCACAUGGCAACAUGAUAUGCAAAUCUGACUGUGUGGAAAUCUUAACCCAGUGCAUUAAUCAGGAAAGCUUAGAAGCAGGAGCAUCGAUUCAGGACAUGUGUGAUAUUCUCUCCCCAGCUGAUGAGGAUGUUCCAUGUAUCUCACUGCAAGAUUAUUUAUAUCCAAGUGAAUAUGCUGAGAUCGCAUCUGAGGUGACACAUCCAUGCAGCAACGACCCGUGUAAAAACUCCUCUGUCACAAGAAACAGUAUGUGUACCACAGAUCGAACCUACUGUGGAGAAGGAGACGUCUGCUUUCAGCAUAAAUGCCAAUUUGGUUGUAAACUUGGAGGUUCUAAUUCACCUUUCUUAGUACCACAAGGAAGCUUGGUUCGAGUCCCAGAUUCAACCAAUGAUCUGGCACUUUAUAUGGCAUGCAGAUGCGGUCAAAAUGGACUCCUUGAAAACUUCAAAACUGUGCCAAGUAUACAGAUUAGACAUUGUAACAUCGCUGGGCAGCAAAGAGAACAUGAAAGUCGAUUCUCCGUUGACUGUAACAUGUGUGUAUGUUAUGGUGGCGUGAGCACAUGCUCGAACAGGCAAUGCUUGCCAAGUUACGCCACCAUGGAAGAGCAAAGGCGGUACACAGGUCUCCCUUGUAAUUGCGCGGAUCAGUUUGUGCCUGUUUGUGCACUUAAUGGCAAAACAUAUCCCAGCGCAUGUCUUGCAAGAUGUGUGGAUAUUGAUAAUGAUCAAUUCAUUUUUGGCAUGUGUGGGAGUAGAGAUCCUUGCUCGACUCAUCCCUGCCAGCCUGACACUCAAUGCAUACCAAAUCGACAAGUGUGUCUGAGCCUUCACAAUGACUGUCCACAGUACAAAUGCAUUCCUAAUAGUAAUAGUUUUGAUUGUGAAAACAAUCCAAUCAGGCCAGUUUGUGAUAGUGAUGGAGAAGGACACUUGAACCUGUGCUUUCUACACCAAGCUGGAAAAACCUUUGCUUAUAAUGGCGAUUGUAAGUCACAUUGUGAUCACGAGAAUACAUCUCCUGUGUGUGGCCAGAAUGGGGAAACCUACUCGAGCAUUUGUGAGGCAUGGAGUGAUCGUACCACAGUUGAUUACUAUGGGGCAUGUCAAGCAGUAGGCACUUUAUCAGAAGACGGAGAAGGCAAUUCUGAGUGUUUUGAAAAGUGGUGCCCUUCACCAGCUAUCAAGAAUUGCAUAGGAAUAACACCGCCCGGUGCAUGUUGCCCUGUUUGUGCUGGUGAAGUUCAAGUUUUGUUUAGUGAGAAGAUAGCAGAAAAUAUGUCAGAGGCCCUCAAUGGUGAACCCAUUACUGUUAAUGUCAUACUUGAGCUCUUGCGGGAUCAUGUGGCAGUGGCUGAAUGUGAUUUGUUUGGUUACAUGAGCAUAGAAAAGGAUCUGAUUUUACUUAUUACUCCAAUUAUCCAGAGUCCUACUGAGCUACAGAUUGAAGCAUGUAAUACUGAAGCAGAGAAGAUAGCAGCAUUAAUUAACACACAAAGUCCGACACUGGUUUCAUAUGUUCACCUAUCACCUCUCCUUGCUGCAAGAACACGAUUGUCGACACCAACGAUCACUAAUAGCGCAUCACCAUUGUACAUUAAUAGCCAAGUCUUUUCACUGUUCGUUGUCUUAUAUUUUGUGCAUAUAAUAUAUCUGAAAUUUAUUUUCAGGUAACAGUUGAUAGUACUUAGUCUUUUGUGUCAUAUUUGUACAGAUAAAUAAAAGAAUUAUAUCUAGGACCGAAUUCAUAUUAAGAUUGUAAACUCGUUCUAUAUUCAUGUAUAGUUAAAAUUAUGAAUUUUAGUCCUAACUAUUUUUAUUGAAAACUUUUUUCUUUGAACAAAUUUUAUUAAAUGUUAUUCUUAUGUUACAAAAUAUUUUUGGAUUUUGGGUCAAUUCUGAGCAGAAUCUGUGGCGAUGACUGACAAUCUCUGUGUUUAUGUUGUUUGUAUUUCUGCAUUGUGCCGCAUGUUCAUGUUCAUGGAUACUUCUUUUUUUUUUUUGCGAUUUUUGUGAUUAAAAGGGAGAACAAAUAGAGGACAGAUAUGCAGUUUAUUUUAUAUCUGUAGGAAAGGUGACGGAUACAUGCUUUUGUGAUGUAUAUCUAGUUCAGCUUCUAAUGAAUAUGUAUGAGACCAUCAGACCUCUAAAAAAAACUUCUAUUUUUAAAGAAUAUUUAUUUAUAAAAAUGUACCAAAAUAAUGAUAAUGAUAUCAUAAAAUGAUAGGUAACUUCAUUGGAUGAUUUUUACAUGAUGCUAGUAUAUUUUUUUGUUUGUUUUUAUGCAAUAUGGUAGUUUAUAUCUUAAACAAUCAUGUUUCUUUUGUUAAAGGGUUGUAUGCCCUGUUUCAAUACCAUUGGAAAGGGUUAAAAUCCAUGACUUUGAAAACCUUAGUGCGCAUACUUUUUGGGAACAUACAUGUACUGGGAAUUAGGAACAGAUACAUGUUUUUUUUUGUAUAUUUUCAGGGUUUAUCUAAAAGCAUUGAUAUAGGGGCUGGGUAUUGGUGCAAGAGGGUCGCUAGCUGUAAUGUUUAAGGAGAGGAUGUGCCCCAAGCCAUUUUAGAUAUGGCAUAAAAGUAAAUGGGAUGAGUUGUGAAUGUGUGUAAAGGAGAAGCCUGAAUGCUAAUAGCACAUCAUAUUUUUUCUAUUUGUUAUAACUAAUAUUUGGAUGCGCAUGCUGAGAAACAAAGAUCUUUCAAACAAACUAUUAAUGAUAUGAAGGGGCUACACUUAGAGAUUUAACAUAAAAUGACAUCAUAAUGUUAGUCUUAUAGUAUCAUUGGUAAUACUAGACUAGCAUGGCUGCAACAAUACUUGAUCAAAGUACAGUGGCGGAUCAAGGAAUUCAAAAUACAGGGGGCCCAGGGAGGUAUUUUGAGAGAUCGACAGUCUAGACCACAUCACCUGUAGUUUACCCCAUAGUUAAGCUGCUGUGUGAAAUUUUAUGAUUAUGGCACUUCUAGAUGGCCGGAAAUGGCACUCUAAGUCUUUAAUUUGAAUAUAAUAUUCUUCAUUUUUUCUUUAUUUUAUAUAAUUUUCAAAAAAUUUAGGGUGUCCAUGGGGUGGGGGAGGUGGGGUGAAAGGCUGGUUGGGCCCUCCCUUAAAUCUACCUAUGAAGUAGAGAUUCAGAUUUGUGGUACAUAAAACACUUUACUUAACUGAGUGUUAACUUUCUUGGUUGUGGAUUAAAAAUUAUAUAUCAAAGCUACUAUAAUUCAUUAGCUCAACCCGCCCUCGAUGAACUAGCUUUACGUUAUCUCACUAUAUUAAUUGGAUUAACACAUUAUCAAGGAUAAGUACUGAGUGUUUG